UAUUUCUUCGGGGGUUCCGAGAGUGCCACAGGUCUGAAUCCAGUCAUCGGUCCUCCGGCGGACUUGUUCUCUUUGGACCGUCUUACUAACCAGGAAUACAGACGUGAUGCUCCCGUACACUCGCUCUCGCGGAGACGUGGAGACAGAGUAACUAUUUCUUCACCGGAGUACACUUUCGGACUUGAAGAAAUACGGUUGUUUUUGUUUUCAUGUAAUGUCGGGCCACUUUCACAAAAAAUAAGUCGGCCAGUUUUUUCUCUCGCUUCCAUGCGGAAAGGGGAAACGUUUCUGGGUGAAUUUGGUCUCCCGGCGUCCCCGUCGGCCUCGUGAGCUGUCGUGUUUCAGCUCAAAAUGCCUCGUUUGUCGCCGUAGCUCUGCUCCCUGCUCAGCGCGCGCGCCCCUGCCUCUGCCACUGGAAAUACAGGACGCUCCGCGGCGCACCAACCUGGAGUAAAUGGAUCGCCAGUCCAGUUUCGUUUCCAUCUGGCUACAACUGGAACUGUGUGCCAUGGCCAUCCUCCUCACCAAAGGGGAAAUAAGGUGUUACUGUGACGCGCCGCACUGUGUGGCCACGGGCUACAUGUGCAAGUCGGAGGCCAACGCCUGCUUCACCAGGGUCCUCGACCCGCUCAACGCAAACUCCCCCCUCACCCACGGGUGCCUGGAGGCAGGCGCCGCCGACGCCUGCAGCAGCCGGAGAGCCGCCACUGCUGCCGACGGCCUCAGCGGGGCUUUGGUGCUGGAGUGCUGCCACGACGACAUGUGCAACUACAGAGGCCUGCACGACCUGGCCCACACCAAGGACUCUGCAGACGGCCGAUACCAGGCAGACGGCAACAACAGGAACCUAGUGACGCGGGUUCAAGAGUUGGGCUCGGCCAAGGAGGUGUGGUUCAGGGCGGCGGUGAUCGCCGUGCCCAUCGCCGGCGGCCUCAUCCUGGUGCUGCUCAUCAUGCUGGCGCUGCGGAUGCUGCGCAGCGAGAACAAGCGGCUGCAGGACCAGCGGCAGCAGAUGCUGUCGCGGCUCCACUACAGCUUCCAUGGCCACCACACCAAGAAGGGUCACGUGGCCAAGCUGGACCUGGAGUGCAUGGUGCCUGUGACGGGCCACGAGAACUGCUGCCUGACCUGUGACAAGAUGCGGCAGGCCGACCCGAGCAAUGAAAAGAUCCUGUCUCUGGUGCAUUGGGGGAUGUACAGCGGCCACGGCAAGCUGGAGUUCGUAUGAGGUCCUGCUGGGACGUUAUGCUUCUGCCUUCAAAGACAUUCCAAUGUUCUUCAUCCGUUGGACCUUUGGUUUCAUUUUCUUUUCUUUUAAACCAGUGGUGAAACAAUACGAGACUGAUCUCAUGCCGUGUGGUUCUUGCUGGAGGAGCACUUUACUUGAAAAUGAAAGGCAAAGCAGCAUGGAGCUGCUGAUUUUUUUCAAACUUGAGGGACCUGAGUGGGAGGAGUCUGAGGAUCCUGGACUAUCUACACUGAGCGCUGAAGGAUUCCAAAUUUGUCUUAUUUGCACACUUGUGAGAAACAAAAAGUUGCUUAAAACAAGAUUUUUUUUACACUGACAGCAGGGUACGACACAAAGGAGGAGUUGAAACAAACCCAGUGUUGUGACUGUAGGCGUGCACACUCCUCUGUACGUUUCAUGAUUCAAGGUUAAUGUAAAGAUUCUAAAUAUAUCUAUCUAUUUUUGUCUGAUGAAUCUGACCUGUGUGUGUCCUGUUCUGGGUGAAUGUGCAGCAUCUUUCGGACGGAAAGCUCGAUUGUGUGCGUGUGAAAGAAAAACUUCCAUUAAAGGUGACUUUUAUUUAUGUCA